GGCAUGUACAAACCCAACUCUACCUUGAAGCUCGCGUUGUCGGAACGUCCUCCGCCGACCCAUACACCGCAUCUUAUGCCCUUUCACAUCGCAUAUUCCGGACCUGCUCCCAUCUCCACCUAUCUUCGCGUGAACUCCGCGCCAGAACCUACUUAUGGACGCGACAUCAGACCUCUACCGAAGCCACUACUAUCCUCCGAAUCUCAAGACUCGACGGUGUCUCAAACCACCCUCGUCGCGGAUUCCACUGAUGCGUCUUCGUCCUCCGUGGCCACUCUUGCGUCGACCUCGACUUUGAUGGAUGUGGACGUUGAAAAGAGCGAAUGCGACGCGACCGCGGCACCACACCCAGAAAUGCGCCACUUCGCAGCAUCUUUCAGGGGCCGUGCGAUGCACGGCGUGGAGGUCAACCUUCCAGAGGGCUAUGCGGGUAUCGUCCUGCGCACCCCAGACGACGCCAAAGGCAAAGGAGUCGCGUCAAGGGAUACAAGGCGCGAGGAGAAGCGGCCAAAGCCGAAGGGAAGGGCGACGCGGCGGUCGAAACGCGCGCAGGAGCCCGAGGUGGUUGAGGUGGAGGACACAGACGAGGACGCAGGUAUGAUGGAUGGCUCCACACCGUCGGAGGAGGGCCCUGCGCGCGUCCUGCGACCUGUCUCGACGUUCUCGUCGUUUGUGCUAUGGCACCCGGACAUUCCGGUGGACGAGGGGCGGGAUGAGUACCUCAGGUCGUUGACGGAGUGGACGAGACUGGCGGCAGAGAUACACCGCGUGGAAGAAUGUUGACGUAUACGUGGUAUGUGACCAGAUAAGCUCUCCGAUUUAUACCAGACAUCAGUUCCGGAUGUAUAAGUUGCCAUUGUAAUUUACGGGAUCCAUCCCAGCCAGAGAAUGCUCGAUUACUUCUGAG